UUACUAAGCAUUUAGUAACUUAAUUAGUCACUAACUUGCAACCCCUGUACAGUAUUUAUACUGCUCACGACUACUUUUUCCAUGAUCAUUGCUCCACUUCCUCCGCCUAAGAAAAAGAUGCCAAACUAAGAUCUAGAGAUAGGAAGUCCAGCGGCCGAUCAGUUAUCCUCCUAUGGCGUUCCGACGACUACCCACAGCAUCUUGUAUCCUAGAAGUAGAGAGGAAGUUCCGAACCUUGAACGUUCGCGAGCUUACUCAGCACGGCGGAAUUCCUUACUUUAGAAGCUUACAGAAGCUUCCUGUCGAAACUAUACGCGACUCAUAUUACGACAAAUCGAAUAUGCUUUCGUCAGCUGGCGUCUGGGUCAGAAAGCGAAAUGGAGAGUGGCAAGCAAAAAUAAAGAAAGGCGGUAAUUUCACGAACUCGAAAUUUCAAGAGCUCAGUCAUGUGGACGAAAUCGAAGCCCUUGUGAAGAGGGUUAUUGGUAUUGGAGGAGCAACCUGUAGCUUUGGCCUUCAACCUGUAGCGACCUUCUGCACCACACGAGAAUCGUGGAUUGCUGAUGGCGAGUUCCGAAUCGUGCUCGACACGAUGGACUUUCAUCACCAAGUUGGCGAAGUCGAAUUGCAGAAAGUUCUAGUUAGCAACAACGGAGACGACACGCCGAAUGAGCUACAGAAGCAAAGAGAAAUGCAACUGAUGGACGAGAAACUUGUUACAUUCAUGCAAACGUAUGCAUGGGCAUUUUCCGUGGGCGAGCCAAAGGGCAAACUAACUGCGUACUUCGAGCUGCUGCGAUCUCAGGAUGAUUAAGAUUUGUAUGAGCGUCGAGACCAAACUCUGUCAGGGCCAGGAAGAUCAGCACAUAAUAAAAUAGGCAGUACAUAGACAUCAGGAAUGCCCAAGAACUUAAGGACCUGCCACUCUAGAGUGAAAGGGGUAAUUGCUAAUAGUUCAUUACUGCAAUAGCCCAAGCAAACCCCCUGAUCCCGGCGUAACGGUGGAAUUUGACGCCUCGACGACGGUUCUCCAUUCAUCUCUAGUCUGCAGUAUAUCCAGCAGCUUCUUAUAAGAGGUUUAAUGCUUGCCGUAAUGAGUCUCCUGCUUUCGUUAUAAUAAUGAAGCAGGGGCGGGUUCAGCACUGAAAAUUCGGCAUAUC